AUGUCCGUUCGUUGCACGAUAGACGGCUCUUCCGUGCAUGAUAGAUACCACUUUACACUAACAAAAGUCCACGUCAGCCGCACCACCAUCCAGGAAAUCGGGUACGACCGUCUCGUCAUCUCCCCCCGCUGCCCCAUCAUCAGCACUAUCCCCCGACUCCCCGCUCCCCUCCCCCCUUCGGCGGAAGCUGCUGCUUGCGUCCGCGCUGCUGCCGCUGGCGUCGCUGCAAGGAAGCGGUUGCGCGCAGGCUGGCGCGGGAGGGGCCAAGGUGUACAAGCAGACACGCGCUUCCCAGGGGCCAAGGUGUAUGGGCAGACGCGGUCAGACACACGCCACGAGCAGCUCAGGUCCAUGGGCGUCUUCCCCAUCCUCCGUGACGUCAGCAAUGACGCGAUCACGGGCGGCGUGCCGUUUGUCAUCUUCUGCGCGCCACCGGGCGGCAGUCAGGACUACGAGGGAGAUGUGAGGGCAGCAGCGGCCCUAUGGAACGGCACGGGUGCAUUCCUCUUCACGUCCAGCAGCGCCGUCUACGCCGUCUCUGACAACUCCUUCUGCCCCGAGGGGGCGCCUACCGUGCCGCUUGGCGCCAGCCCGCGUGUCGACGUGCUGCUAAAAGCCGAAGGCGCCGCCCUGCAGGCGGGUGGCAACGUGGUGCGGCUGGCAGGGCUGUACACUCUGGAGAGGGGCGCACACACGUACUGGCUACGACAGGGGACGGUGGAUCAGCGGCCUGAUCACAUUCUCAACCUUAUCAGCUAUGAGGACGCGGCAUCCCUCAGUGCAACCAUUCUAGCAGCGCGGUCGCGAGGGCAGAUCUUCAUGGGCUGUGACAACCACCCUCUCUCCAGGCAAGAGCUAAUGGAUCUGACGGUGAGGAGCGGCCGGUUCGAGGGCGAGUUUAAGGGCUUCACGGGCACGGAGGGGCCACUGGGCAAGCGCAUGUGCAACGAUGCCACACGGGCUGCCCUCGGAUGGGAACCCACUCACAAGAGCUUUGCUCACUUCCUUGGCCUCGAGUCGUAG